CCGCGUCGACCGCACCCUUUCAUUUCGCUUUGCCCGCCACUACCCUCGCCCGCAAACUCUCUCCAUGACCACGGCGACCCGCGUCUCGCAUCAUGAGAGAUGAGGCCGUCAACCCCUCUGGCCAGGCCGCGGAUGAGCCGUGCGAGGCCUCAAACGCGCUGGCGCCUGUACUCUCCAACCCCGAGAGUGCAUUCUCAGCCACAGGCCCGCCCUCGCGAUCAUGGCUCGACAACCUCCGCCGCCCACGCACUUCACCUGGGCCCCGCGCCUCUGCCCUCAAGCGCACGCCGCCCCCCGGCGACGAUGAUCGCAGAGACUCGGCCCUGACGUCGUCCAAUGGCACUACUACCAACGAACCGCCUUCACCGAGGAGCCUGCGCAAGACGCCGAGUCUGCCUGCUAUUGUCGUCCAUGGCGAGCAUCCAGCCAAGCCCCACGAUGAUGCGCUGGAGCCAGAAGAUGCUUUUCCCGGCCUUGACUGCUUCAUUCCCACCGGCAGCUUCGACGAAAUUUCAUCCGACGCCCUCAUUUCCUUUUCCAAGCGGGGCAGCAUGAUGCUUGGUGGCAAAAAAGCAAACAGAAAGAGUCGGCAGAUGAAUCUGCUCGUCCAAGGGGCGCCCAAGCCCAGCACACCCCCGCAACAGCAGGGACAAGAAAAAGGGCCAGACGAGCAGCACCAGGAGCAGCAGCACCAGGAGCCAGAACAGCAUCAGGACCAACAACACGAGGAGCCGCAACCGCAGCCUGAAGAGACAGAGCAAUCCCAACCCAAACCUGAACCUGAACUGCAGCCACCACCAACUCCCCCCCAGAAAGAGCCCCCGCAACCCACAUCACCCCCCACUAUAAAGCACCUCUCACCGCAAACGCCCUCGCGCAUCUCGACCAGAACACGGGCCAUAAGUUACCGCGUCCUCUCAGCCGAUGAGAUGACGCUGUCGCGCAAGGUGCGCUGCAUGUAUAUGCACGGGAACGAAAGUGUUGUCAAUUGGGACAUGCCCGAGGAAGAUGCUGUGAGCAUGCAGACCAGCUGCCGGGGCAAUGGCAGCGUCAACAACAUGGCCAUGGAAGCCAUGGGGGAUGACAGCUCACUCAUGAGCUCGCGACAUGGAAGCGUCAUAGUCAAAGAGCCCACCGAGGCGGCUGGCGGGCUUGAGGACUGGGCAGAUCUCGAGGGCGGCGAGGUCGAUCGAUAUGGCUUCAUUGUCCCAAGGAGGACAAAGUCUAACGGCGAAGGCUUGGAUGGCCCAGACGAGCCGCGCAUGCAACGAGUGACGACCAUGCUGCAACUGCUCUCGGAAGAGCCUAGGCGUCGCCGACUAGGCCGAAGCGCAUCAAGGGCACCUUCGGCUCGUUCUGCAGAUCCUCGGUCUGGCUCGCCCCAACGACGACUGUCUGUCAAAUCUUCCCGGCCUGCUAGAUCCAUCUUCUCUGGGAGGACCAUCGACUCGCGCACUAGCCGCAGCAGCCCGUUCCGGAAUGCCACCAACAUCUUCCCUCACAACAGAGACCGCCGGCUGAGAGACGAGGCGAGCGACAUGCUAAAACUGCCACCGGGCCUGGCCGAGGUUGCUGAACAGAAGGAGGGCGGUAGGGCUGCCCAAGCCAUGAAAGCAAAAGAAAUUGCGCGCAAUGAGAAAUGGCGCAGGAUGGCCAAGGUUGUGCAAGCAGGAGCAGACAAGGGCGGCAUGCUCUUCGAGUUUGACACCAAGGACCCCAAGGUCAUCUCGCGCACCUGGAAGGGCAUCCCCGAUCGCUGGAGGGCAACGGCGUGGUACUCCUUCCUGGCAGCAAGCGCCAAGGCCAAUGCGGACAGCCCCACGGAAGAGGAGCUCAUUGUCAACUUCUAUGAGCUCCAGCAGGAGGGAUCUGCCGAUGACGUGCAAAUCGACGUCGACGUACCGCGCACCAUCAACCGACACAUCAUGUUCCGGCGGCGAUACCGUGGCGGACAGCGUUUGCUCUUCCGCGUCCUGCACGCCAUGUCGCUGUACUUGCCCGAGACGGGCUACGUGCAAGGCAUGGCUGCCCUGGCCGCAACGCUCCUUUGCUAUUAUGAGGAAGACCGGGCGUUUGUCAUGCUCGUUCGACUGUGGCAGCUUCGCGGCAUGGAACGACUGUACGAGGCAGGCUUCGAAGGCCUCAUGGAGGCGCUUGACGACUUUGAGCUCAAUUGGCUGCGCGGAGGAGAUAUCGCGCAGAAGCUGGUUGCACAGAACGAAUUGGGCAUUACAUCAACAGCAUACGGCACUCGAUGGUACUUGACGUUGUUCAACUAUUCUCUCCCGUUUCCCGCCCAACUGCGGGUGUGGGAUGUCUUCAUGCUCCUGGGCGACAAGUCGCAUGCUACGUCACCAACGGCCAAGUUCAGCGGAGACAUGGACGUGCUGCAUGCGACGUCGGCUGCGCUGAUUGAUGCGACGCGAGAAAUCCUGCUCGACUCGGACUUUGAGAAUGCCAUGAAGGUGUUGACGUCUUGGAUCCCCAUCAAGGACGAGGACCUGUUGAUGCGGGUAGCCAAGGCCGAGUACAAGAUGAGGAAGAAACGGGCGCGGACCUAG